ACUCUCCAUGCGCUUCUCUGACGCUUAUGUUGUUUUUACGCACAUCUGCGGUCUGCUAUCGGCAGAUAUUAUCGGCAGGCUGAUGGUGUUAGUCCGGCGGUGGUUGAACACAGCAAACUGUGAGAAGGAGGAGAAAGACAGACAAGAGGAAAAAGUCUGGCAGCGCCGUUUUGGAGUUGGAGUUGCAGCGUAAAAAAAGAAAAAAGAAAAAAAAAACUCCCAGGCAACUCUAGAGGCACAUCUGCAAGUUAGGAAGAGGAGGAGAAGAGGAAAGAAGACAAAUCUAUAUAUUAUAUAUAUUUUUUUGCCUGAGAAGAUUUUUUUUAAAGUCGAGAAUUAGAGGGGAAUUCACCCAGAGAGAAUUAUCCCGUCUCCAUGAGGUCUUGAGGAAUGAACAAUCGUCAUGGAAACCCAGUCCCAGGCCAGUUCAGCAGCUGAGAAGAAGAAGAGGGUGGAGACCAUCGUGGCUACCAAGGGCUCAUUAGCACGAAGUGACAUCAGUGAGAAAGCAGUGGCCUCCAGCACCACCUCAAACGAGGACGAGAGUUCAGGCACGCCUUACCACCGUGAGAGGCGCAACGCCAUCAGCUCUCAGGUCCCGACGCCUGGCGCCCCUGACAGAAGCAUAAAUGAGGAGCCCUCUACGUCUACGGAGGAACGCCCUUCCCUGCUCAAGAAGGAGCAGCACGGUUCCCUGCCCCAUCUGGCUGACCAUGCACUUCCAUACCGGGGCACGCUGUUUGCUAUGGACCCCCGCAACGGCUACCUAGACCCGCACUAUCCUGCUCCACAGUUCUUCCCCACCUUCCACCCUCCUGUGCCAAUCGACGACAGACAUACCCAGGGACGGUACAUCUACGAUCCUUCGCCUGUGCCCCCUCUUCACGUGCCUCCUGCUCUGGCGGGCAGUCCAGCUUUCUCCGACAUCUCCCUCAUCCGAAUCUCGCCCCAGCGGAACCCGUCUGUGGGGGCUGAGUCGCCCUUCCACCCUCCACACCCGUACAUCAACCCAUACAUGGACUACAUCCGCUCUCUCCACAGCAGCCCCUCCAUCUCCGUUCUGUCAGCCACCCGGGGCCUCAGCCCUGCAGAUGCCCCUCACACAGGUCUGACCACAGCUGAGUACUACCACCAGAUGGCUCUGCUGGCGGGCCACCGCAGCCCUUACACGUCUGACCUCCUACCGUCAGUGGCAUCCGCCGCUGGGGCCAGCAGUGCCAGCGCCCUGCACAUGGAGUAUCUGCAGGCGAUUGACAGCUCUCGUUUCCCGAGCCCGAGGCUUCCGUCGCGACCCAGCAGGAAACGCCCUCUGCCCAUCUCACCCCUCUCUGAGCACAGCUUUGACCUGCAGACCAUGAUCCGCAACUCGCCCAACUCCCUCGUCACCAUGCUCAACAAUUCCCGCUCCAGCUCGUCUACCAGCGGCUCCUACGGUCACCUCUCGGCUGGGGCCAUCAGCCCAGCAUUAAGUUUCGCCUACCCUCCAACCCCGGUGGCUUUGCAUGUGCACCAGCAGCUGAUGGGCCGUCAACCGGGCAUUGUUGGCUCUGCCUUUGGCCACAGUCCACCUCUCAUCCACCCAACACCAGCCUUUGCCACCCAGCGACCCGUGCCUGGCAUCCCACCAUCUGGACUCAGUGCCAGCGAGCGCUCAGUCAUCUCCAACGACUCCUCGCAGGCCAAACCAACGAGUGAAUCCGCUGUGAGCAGCACAGGAGACCCGAUGCACCACAAACGUUCCAAAAUGAAACCAGAGGAAGAAUUGCCGAGCCCGGGCGCGGUGAGCAUACAGGACAAUCCCGACGGUAUGACUUUGGUGAAGGAGGAAGGGGACAAGGAUGAGAGCAAACAGGAGCCAGAGGUAGUUUACGAGACAAACUGCCACUGGGAAAACUGCUGCCGUGAGUUUGACACGCAGGAGCAGCUAGUACAACACAUCAACAAUGACCACAUCCACGGAGAGAAGAAGGAGUUUGUGUGCCGGUGGGAGGAAUGCUCUCGAGAGCAGAAGCCCUUUAAGGCACAGUACAUGCUGGUGGUUCACAUGCGCAGGCAUACUGGGGAAAAACCGCACAAGUGCACGUUUGAAGGCUGCACCAAGGCCUACUCUCGUCUGGAAAACCUGAAGACUCACUUACGCUCCCACACCGGAGAGAAACCGUACGUGUGUGAACACGAAGGCUGCAACAAGGCUUUCUCCAAUGCAUCAGACCGGGCGAAACAUCAGAAUCGAACACACUCAAAUGAGAAACCGUAUGUGUGUAAAAUCCCGGGAUGCACAAAACGCUACACAGAUCCAAGCUCCUUACGAAAGCAUGUUAAGACGGUACACGGGCCGGAGGCGCACGUCACCAAGAAACAGCGUGGCGAUUACCCGCGCCCGCCCCAGCCCCAGCCCCGGGAGCCUGGGGGGAACGGCCAGGGUCGCUCGCCAGGGCAACUUCCCCUGGGCGGGUAUACGGACCAAAGGGAGUACAACCACUCUACCUCAAAACAGGAUGAUUGUCUGCAGGUCAAGUCUGUCAAGACAGAGAAGCCCAUGACGUCUCAGCCAAGCCCUGGCGGUCAGUCUACAUGCAGCAGUGACCAGUCCCCCAUCAGCACCUAUCCCAGCAGUGGAGUCCAGCUUGCUGUGAGCGCCGGACGCUCGCCAGGGGAGGGGCUGGAGGAGGACGAAGAGAAAGAGGAAAACGAAGAGGAAGUAGAGGAGGAGUGUGAGGGUGAGCCAGCCCCCAUCAUGGACUCCACUGUCUCCACAGCUACCGCGGCCAUGCUGACCCUCCAGGCGAGGCGAAGUAUCGGCCGCCCUCUGCGAUGGAUGGAGCACAUCAAGAUGGAGAGGCUGAAGCAGGUGAAUGGAGCGCUGCCCAGGCUGGGGCCCCUGUCCCCUACACCGCCCCCCAAAGCUUCUGCAGUACCCAACAUGUUGGGGAAGGGAACCUGUCUGGGCAGGCAGUGGGAGGUGUCUGCCCCUCAGCCACCUGCUCAUGCUGAGCUGGGCAGCACAGAGCUAACAGUGCUCAACUUGCUCAGAGACCGGCGUGACAGCAGUGGCAGUGCCACCAGUUCAGCCUACCUGAGCAGCAGCCGGCGCUCCUCCGGCAUCUCCCCCUGCUUCUCCAGCCGUCGCUCUAGCCAGGCUUCCCAGAGCGAGGGUACGGCAGCAGCCGCCCACCACCGCCGCCACCACAACCUCAGUUCCACCGACUCUUACGACCCCAUCUCCACCGAUGCCUCCCGUCGGUCCAGUGAAGCUAGCCAGUAUGGAGGUGGGGUGGGAGGAGGGGGUGGAGGGGUGUUCUCAGUUGGGGGCUGUGGAGGUGUGGGAGUAGUAGGCAUUGGGGGAGGAGGAGGGGGAUCACGAGGGAUGCUCAAUUUAACCCCAGCCCAGCACUAUCACCUUAAAGCCAAGUAUGCAGCAGCAACAGGUGGCCCGCCUCCUACGCCUCUACCCAACAUGGAGCGCAUGAGCUUGAAGACCCGCAUGGCCAUGAUGGAUGAGGGUGGUAGCAACCACUGUUUGCCACCUCUAGUCAGGCCACCUCGCUGCAGUGACGGCACCAGUGGGUACAGCAAUGGCUACAUGGGACAUGCAGGUAACAGGAGGAGGGUCUUCUACCCUGGUGAGGGACCACUGAGUGGAAACCGGAGGGCUAGCGACCCAGUGCGGACGCAGGCUCCUGAAACUUGUAGUUUCCCUCCGGUGCAGCGCUUCAGCAGCCUUAAUAACCUCCACCCUCUUCCGCCUCUUGCUCAGCACUGUACGCCUGAGUCUCGAAAUUUGAACCUACAGAACUACACGCGCUCAGAAGGCAACCUGCACAGAGGCCUGCAGCACUCGCCAUACACCCCUAGCAUUGCGGAACAAGCGGCCUUAGAAGCUCUGGCAAUGGAGGACGAUGGGGAGGCUGAGCUCUUGCUUGGGGAUGAGGAUAUAUUACCAGAUGAUCUGGUGCAGUAUCUCCACUCCCAAGUUCAGUUGGACAAUGGCUCCCACAUGCACAAUGAGGACCAAAUAGCUUCUAGCCAAAGGGACACCUCCCACUUAUCUAUGGAGGAGAUAGACCAGAUCCAAACUCCAGGGUCAAAUAUGGCCUUCCCUGGGUCCCAUAGUCUUCAGCAGCAGCAACAGUUACGAGAGAGGAAGAGCCCCAGUAAACUUCCCAUCCAAUGGAAUGAAGUGAGCUCUGGGAGUGCUGACAGGUCUCCUCCAAGGGAUCAAAACCACCAUUCGCAGUGUAGAAGGUGGCCUAGCACAGAACACGGGCCUGUGUCUGCACCUUUUGGCAGGUUUGGAAACAUGGUUAUUCAGCAGCAAGUACCCGUUGAUUUCCAGAACAGUUGCGCCCAAGCUAAUCAGUCUCAAAGUGCUUGCUGCGUAAACCCUGGAGUGAAGCAAGAGACAUCACCUAACUCCUGCUUGGAAAUGAGAGGUACUGGUCAAAACUCUACAAACAACUUUAAUAGGCCUAAUUUUACACAGAUCAGCAAUGGACUUUUUCCCCAGGGCUUCAGAGAGCAGGCCUCCAACGGAUUUCAAAAACAGAGCCACUUCCAUCAGAAUCACAACAGCAGCUCUUGCCAGGUAGGAAACAACCUAAUCCUUAGCAGAGCCUCCAUGGAUUACCUCCCCAGCCUCUCCCAGGGGUCUGCUCUUCAUCACAAUCGCCCGGUACAUGUUCCUCAUCCACCGAUCAACAGGAACUUGGGCAGAACCCAGCAAUACCUCAGUCCCGGGAGCACCAAUGAAUCUUGCGUCACUCAACAAGCACAACUGCAGAGGAGCGGCGAGAGCUGCUCCCUUGCGAAUCAAGUUUCUGGGCUGAAGCUGGAGUCCCAGGAUCAUGGAUACUUAGAGCAGGGCUUUGUUGACUGCCCCUCUUACGAACCAGCAGAUCAUAAGGCCUCCACGUUCCAUGUUCUGGAAGAUCAGUGCUUGUUGGACUCCAUAGCUGCAUCUGAGGGACAAGGUGGUGGAAGCGGCAACGGGGAUUCGGUUGCUCUUCUCUCCCCUGGUGCAGAUCAGGUGACCAGCACAGUGGACGGUAGUGUUCCCGGUGUAUUAGAUGAAGGGGUAAAUCUGGACUUCGGUGCCAUGCUGGAGGAUGGCUAUGACCAGGGCAGCUUGGUCUCAGGAGCGUUGAGUCCCUCCGUCUUCCAGGGUCUGUCCAGGACCUCCUCACGCCUCACCACCCCUCGGGCAUCCGCUGCCUUCCACAGUGUGGUCCCUGGCCUAAACAACAUGGCCAUCGGAGAUAUGAGCUCUCUCCUCACCACCCUUGCUGAGGAGAGCAAGUUCUUGGCUAUAAUACAGUAGCUGCUCUCUUUCUCUCUGCUUUCUCCUCCCGUAGAAAAAUAAAGGAAAAGGAAGAGGAAAAACUCUGGUGUAUGUGAAGACAAAGUUAAAAGCGGUAAUUAUGAGAACUUUAUGUACUUAGAAGUGUUCUGAAACAGGCAGUUGCCAAGCCCUUGCUUUUUUAUUUUGUAAAAAUGUCAUCCUGCGCAGAAAUGGGAUGUGUCAAAAAUUGUGUAUAAAUAAAUAGUUAUAUUCCUUUUCUGGAAUGAAGGCUAUUUUUGGAAGCCCUUCUCUUUGUAAAACUACGUGAUGGUGUGCAAAAGCUCACGCCCUUGAAUCAGUAUUCUGUGUAUUGUUACUGUUUUUGCUGUACGCCCUGUUGGUAAAAAAUAAAAUAAAAUAAAUGCAUGUACUCAAGUGAAACAUUCAACACUGUCUAUACGAGUGCAUAGACUACGUGCCCACGUAUCAGUUGUGCACUGCUUCCACUGGUACAAAGCAGAUGAAUCCAUUGUCAUCAUAGGAAGUGAGACACGGGUCAUGAAUUCAACAGGCCCCGAAAGCAACUUUAUAUAUCAUAGGUUUUAACAAGUGGUAUAUUUACAUUUGUUGUUACAUUUUUGUUUGUACGUUCCUUUUGUGAAGCUGUAAAUGUUUCAGUGCUUCUACCAAGUUUUGCCAAGUGGUGUUUUUCCUCGACACGGUAUCGAGUCCAAAACGUGGACCACACAUCCGAGUCUUCAAGGCGCCGUAGAUUGUUGUCUACUUAAUAUCUAAAUGGCUUGAUUUUGUUAGUCUGGUAAGGUACUCACAAGUGUAUAUAACUGUUUUUAUAUUCUGUUUGUUUUGUUGACGUUGGAUUGCACGGUUGUUCGAAGCUGAUGUGUAAAUGGACUUUCUCUCCUUGAUUUGGUGCUUUUUUUAAGAAAAAAAAAAAGAAAUAACAAAAAACUAAAGAUGCUUACAUGGAUUGAUUUGAGUACUUUCUAUGGUUUUAAAUUGUCUUAAUAACUGAUGGCGGUCCACAGCACACAGAGUUUUCCGCUCCCAAUGAAAAGUGCUGUACAGUGACGUGUUUUGUUUUAUAGGAAAUCAUGCGUAUCAUUCUCUCCAAAGCUCUUAAAUUCAGAAUGUGUACUGCCAUUAAGUAUUGCAGUGACUUUGUCAACAGUGUUAGUAUUGCCUUGCAGUCUUGUGUGACUGCACAGAAUAUCGAGUAGUUUACCUUUUACUCUGCAUCAAAGCAGUGAGGUACAAACUGUUUUAUUGUUUUUUGGUACUUUUUUGGUCAUUUUUGUAGCUGUGCAUUGAUGGUGUUUACUUUCUUUGGUUUUGUUGUGUGGUUUUUUUUUUUUUUUUCAUUUUUUCAAAGAAGUAGAAAUCAUUUCCCUUUGAAAGAAGGAAAUUUCAGAGGUAUGUGCCUUAUAUGUAUCUGCCUGUCAGAAAAGAAAGAGAUCACUGCCAAUCUUCCAUUGUGAAUUAUGAAAAGAAUAAAAAGUAAACAUGUAAAGUGUCUUGUGGGGUCUGAAAAAAAGAGAAAAAUCACAGAACAUUUAUAUAAGAAAAGUCUGAAUAUCAGAAAAGUUGAGAUUUGCGAAAUGCAUUCUACUUUUCUUUUUUUUUUCGUUGUUGUUUUCACAUUUAUUGUGCUUUUAUAUAUAUAUAUAUAUUAUGUAAAUACAUUACUCAUGCUGUAGUUUUAGCAGAGGAACUAGGGCGGGGGAUAUCCUGGGCCAAUACAGAACUGACUUUGAUAGCAGGGAUUCCCAGGCCCUGGGCAGAGACCAGGCAGAUCUGGCUCAGAGUAGAGCUUCAAGUGCCCAGCGCUGCCCCUCUGCCAGAAGAGCCACUUUGCUCUUUUAUAACUGACUACAAAUGUUUGUAUGGUUUUAAUAAAA